AUGAAAUUACUAUUUCUGAAUAUUAUAGUCGUGCGCCGCCAUUUGCAUUGUAAAAGCUACAGACUAUCACCAUGGUAUAUAUAUAUAUAUGGUGAUUAUCUGCUAUAUACGACAGAAAUACCAUACAAACCGUUUACUCGGCAACCUUGA